AUGUCCCUGCUUGUCCGGGCGCGCGACAACAUGGCGUUCCGGUCGGUGUGGUCGGAGCUGAACGGCGCCAUGGGCGACCUGGGCACGUACAUCCCCAUCGUGCUCUCGCUGGCGCUCUCCCGCGGCCUCGACCUCGGCACCACCCUCGUCUUCACCGGCGUCUACAACGCCGUCACGGGCCUCCUCUACGGCGUCCCCAUGCCCGUCCAGCCCAUGAAGACCAUCGCCGCCGUCGCCCUCUCCGACGCCUCCUUCGGGGUCCCCGAGAUGAUGGCCGCCGGCAUCCUCACCUCGGCGUUCGUAUUCGUCCUCGGGGUCACCCGCCUUAUGAAGCUCGUCUACUGGUUCGUGCCGCUCCCCGUCGUCCGCGGCAUCCAGCUCGCCCAGGGGCUCAACUUUGCCAUGGCCGCCGUCAAGUACAUCCGCUACGAGCAGGACCUGGCGAAGAGCAAGUCCCUCGGUCGGCGCCCCUGGGCUGGGCUCGACGGCCUCGCCCUCGCCAUCGCCGCCAUCUUCUUCGUCGUCCUCGUCAACGGCGCUGGCGACGAUCACAGCACCGCCGUCCAAGAAGAAGAAGUGGGACGAGAUCGGGAGGAGGAUAGCUCUUCUUCCCUCUGGCGUAGCUGGAGGAGGCGCUUGCGGUCGGCGACGAUCCCGUCGGCGGUUUCUAGGGUUAGUGCAGAUGUAAUGAAUAGAAUGGGGAGGUGGAUCUGGUUUUUUCAGUUAAUCAUACCAUGCACUGUAAGGGACAGUCUGAGCCACAUAGCUGGAGGAUUCUUCAGUUUCAGAGCUCACGGGCGAAGGUAUUCGUUGGAUGUGCUCAGCGUGUCUGAGACCACCGUGAUGGGCGGCGAUGACUGGGUAAAGUUUGUCUCGGACUACCAUCUUGGCGGUGGUGAGUUAGUGGUUUUUGACACAUCUCGGCGCAUGGCCAAGGCAUAUGUAUGCUAUGUUGGUUGCAUGUGUGUUGCAAAUGACGGGGGCCCAGCUGAGCACACGAUUGUUGAUGAGGAUGCGGGAGACCAGGGCGCUGCUGCAGGUGGGAUCAACAUUGGGUCUGAUGAUGAGGCCCUAAAUGAUGUACAUGAGGAAGUAGCUACUCCACUAGUUGUUUUCACAAAGGGCAUUGUUCUAAGUUAUGAUGAAGUAUCAAAGUUGGAUUUGGUUCUUACCAACAAUGAUGGGUACAUUGGAUGUCCUUUCGUGCACCGUCUCACAACCACGAACGUUGCAAGCAAGCAGAUGAAAAUUCCAAGGAAGGUGAUUGAAGGGUUGAACUUGCUACCAGAAGGUGUUGUUGGAAUUUGUUUUGAAGCUGAAGAAUACAUGAAUGUUGGAUACCGCCAAGAUCGUGGUGGGCGCAUGGUUUUCAGCAAGCAAUGGGGUGUCUUUGCAACCCAGAACAACCUUCAAGAAGGAGACGGAGUUGUUUUCAAUUUCAAACCCAGCAACCAAGGGGGCGUAAACAUAACAUGUGUUGUGCACAACCUGAGAACAACAACAUAA